GAAACCGAGAGGGAUUUAGAAGAACAGACGCUGACGAGAAGCUUGAGAAAUCAUGUGGAAUCUCGAACCGGACGAAAGAAUUUCAGAGUCUGAGGAGGAGAACGCCCUGUCUUCAGAAGAUGAACGAGACAUUGAGUGCGAGAUUCUGGAGAAAGAGCGAGAUGAGGCGAAUGAAAAGCUGUCAAGGAUGGAGGAGGCCUCUUCUCAGCUGCUCAAGGAGCUGGAUGUUUUAGAGAUGCAGUUCCAGAUCGAGCGGUCCUGCCGGGAGACCGCAGAGGCCUUAGCGCUGAAGGUGACAAAAGAUUUCAAGGUACUGAAGAGGCAAAGUCAAGCCAUCCUUCCCCUGAUUCAAGAAAAGCCAGAACACCUUUCCAUCCUGAACCUGGACCCUGAGGCUGAUCCCAGCUCUGAGCCGGUCCCUGAGGAAGAGUGCGGAGAAGAUCCACUUCUCUUGAGUCAGAACCAAAUUAGAGAACUACAGUCAUCUGUAGACCGGCUACUUGGGGAGAAAUUUCAGCUCAGUGACCAGGUGGAGCUUCUUAAGAAAGAGAAGGAUGAUUUGAAGGAAAAGUUGCUGUUUGAGGUCGGGGAGAAAGAGGCUCUUCUGAGGAAGUUCAGUAAGCAGAGCCGAACUGUGAAUAAAAUGAAGAGAGUGUCCCAGCUGGUUACAGAAGAGUUUUCAGAGAUGUCUCAGAAGCUCGAAAUGGAGCAAGGACUCAGGCAGCAUGCUGAAGUUUUUGCACACCAGAUGCUGGUGAAACAGAGGGAAAUCCAGAGACAGAUUCAGAACGUAGAGACUGAGAAACAACUUCAACAGGCUCUGAGUCAAGUGACUGACAUCAGCAAAGCUCUGGGAGAGAUUCGACUCUGUUACCAAAGCCAGAUCUCACAGACGGCAGCCGAGGAUCUCAACGCUCUGACUGAUCUGACUGCUGUAAAGACUAAACUGGAGAUCAGCGAGAAAGAGAGGAGCGAGACUGAGGCUCAGCUGAGAGACUCACAGCAAUCCGUCACAGCACUUCAGAAGGAAAUCAAGAUGCUCCAGGAUAAACUGAGAGAAAUGAAGCAACUUCCUUCAAUCCAAUCUGACCAAUCGGAAGAGGCGAGUGAAAGUCCAGCUGGCCCCCCUCCUCCUCCUCCUCCUCCUCCUCCUCCUCCUCCACCUCCUCCUCCACCUCCAUCUUCAUCUGUCACUGACCCAUUGAAGGCCUUGAGGAACAGAAAAAAGGGCGGAGAAAACACCACUCAAACUGAGAAACCCGCAGUUACGGAGGACAUGAAGUCCAGAGCUGUGGAUGAAAUGAUGGACAGAAUCAAGAAAGGCAUCGCUCUUAAACCUAUUCUCAGACCGCCACAGACUGUACCAGAUGAUGAAAACGCAUGGAAGGAGCAGAGGUCAGAGAACCGGAAAUCAGCUGUGCUGGAGUUACAGGGGAUGCUGGUUUCCAUGAGAAGGCCUGGCCCCCGAAAGGUGGAAUCGAAAAAACGCUUCAGCCGUAAUGUUGGGGAGGCGGAGCUUCAGAUGGUGCUCCAGAGGAGGAGGCGGGCCAUGGGGGACGAAAAAGGGCCCUCACCUAACGCUAAUCCUAACCCUAACCCUCCAUCUAAACCCAAAGAUUGCCCCAGUGCUGGCAUGCCGGCCUCGAUGUCCUCGCCCUGGGCAGGGGAGAGUGGAAGCGCUCCUGUCCUCCGCAGACUUCAGCAGAACCGAGAGAAGAGAGUCUCUCGCAUAAAGGCCUCCGAGUCCGUGAUAUGGGAAGAAAAGUGAGCUUUGUUUGAGGGGUCUUUUAGUCUGACCUUCUGCACUUUUCGAGAAGCACGAUGUUGAACUAAGUAUGACUUCAACACCUAUUUCCUUCUGCCAGACGCCUCAUGGAUUUAGUUUCGAGUAAAUGUCACAAGGCUGAAUAAAGCGCUAACCCUGUUAACUGUGGUGCGAACGCCGCAAUGAAAAAAACCAAGGACCCCUGCAUUCAAAAAGCAAUUAUGAAAGAAAUAAAAAACAUUCUGCA